AGUGUGAUGUCCUUCCGUUUUCCGACAGCUCAUCGUGGUGGAGGUCAGAGAUGAUGUUCCACACAACCGGCGAACAAAAAUAACUCGUCUUUUAACUAUAUCAUUACAUAUUCGGCAUCUAAUUUAAAAAGGAGAGUCAUUGACUCUAUAUAAAGUCGCUGAAAGGCACUGUUGCCUCCACUUGUAAGGAGUCUGUUUUCCUCACAUAGCUAGCUGUAGCUAACGUUAGCAUUAGUUUCAUCUCAUCAGGUUAGUUUGCUUUGGCCUGUCAUCGUGGGAUCAUGGAUAACAACACUCCGGGAUCAGGCGCCUAUAAAGGAGGAUUUGGUGGCAUUUUUGGUGGUGGAGCCUCUGAGUAUUCGAACACGUCGCUAGCUGGAGUACCAUUGACUGGAAUGAACCCGAUCUCGCCCUACCUUAAUGUUGACCCUCGCUACCUUUUGCAGGAUACAGAUGAAUUUAUAUUGCCAACUGGAGCAAACAAAACUCGUGGCCGCUUUGAACUAGCCUUCUUCACCAUCGGAGGGUCCUGCAUGACUGGUGCUGCUUUCGGAACGCUGAACGGACUUCGUCUGGGCCUGAAGGAGACCAGAGAUAUGGCAUGGUCAAAACCCAGAAAUGUACAAAUAAUAAACAUGGUCACACGGCAGGGAGCGUCAUGGGCUAACACAUUAGGAUCAGUAGCUCUGUUGUACAGCGUGUUUGGUGUAGCUAUAGAAAAGGCCCGAGGAGCUGAAGAUGACAUUAACACAGUAGCUGCUGGCACGUUAACUGGGAUGAUGUUUAAAUCAACAGGUGGACUAAAAGGAGUUGCCAGAGGAGGCCUUCUUGGAUUAGCCAUGUCAGGAUUAUAUGCCCUCUACAACAACUGGGACCACCUUAAAGGCACAGCUCCUAUACGUUAUUGAAGAGGACCUUGAGACCAAACCAUGGACAUUUUUACUCUAAGCCUAUCCUUAUCUCCCUUGUUCCAUGUCCUAUUAAAGCGAGCAAGAGAAUGGCCAAAAUUUUGGGAUCCUUGGACCACCAUAUUUAUUAUGUGCUUCACUGAAAAUGUAUAUGGUGUGUGAUGUAUUUAUAAUCAAAAAGAGCAUUCAGCCAAGUCAAAUGUAGUGAAUCUUUAUGACAUACAUGUAUAUGUAUAAUUAUAUCAGGCUGUGUUGUUCUGCAGGUCAUCUCUGGGCUGACUGAAGCACCAUUAUGAUUAAUUUAAUUUCUUCUUCCAAGGCUAGUUCUUUAUAUAUAAUUGUAAUUAUAAAGGAUUUUUACCCUUUUGACAGAUUUCACCAUGCCACUGGGCUUAUAGUACCGUUUAUCCGGCUCAAUGUUGACAGGAGAGAAAAGUGUGUAUAGGUAGAUCAAAAUGGUCUUCAACUCUAUACUCAAAUAAAAUAUGUUAUCCUGUUAUGGUUAC